AAAUCCCGCUUUCCUCGUAACGUCGUAAGUCGAACCCGAUUCUUUCUUAAUAUCUGCGUUUCUUCUGUAACAGUAGUACGUCUCUGCUCCGCCACCAAGAGCCAGCAAUGGCUGGAGGAGCUGCUUUCUCCGACGCAAAACCGACGCCGAUCCUGAAAGACGAGCUCGACAUCGUGAUCCCGACGAUUCGAAACCUGGACUUCUUGGAGAUGUGGCGGCCGUACUUCGAGCCCUACCACCUGAUCAUCGUCCAGGACGGCGAUCCGUCGCGGACCGUCAGGGUCCCUGACGGAUUUGACUACGAGCUCUUCAAUCGCAACGAUAUUAAUCGAAUUCUGGGUCCCAAGGCCUCCUGCAUUUCCUUCAAGGACUCUGCUUGUCGCUGCUUUGGGUACUUGGUCUCGAAGAAGAAGUACAUUUUUACCAUUGACGACGAUUGCUUUGUUGCGAAAGACCCAUCUGGGAAAGAGAUCAAUGCACUUGAACAACAUAUAAAGAACCUGUUAAAUCCAUCAACUCCUCUAUUUUUCAAUACUUUAUAUGAUCCGUACAGAGAAGGUGCAGACUUUGUACGCGGAUAUCCUUUUAGCCUCCGUGAGGGUGUUCCAACCGCAGUUUCUCAUGGCCUCUGGCUCAACAUCCCGGACUAUGAUGCUCCCACCCAGCUUGCCAAGCCUCUGGAAAGAAACACUAGGUUUGUUGAUGCAGUUCUGACAAUACCCAAGGGAACUCUAUUUCCUAUGUGUGGUAUGAACUUGGCUUUCAACCGUCAACUGAUUGGACCGGCAAUGUACUUCGGACUCAUGGGUGAUGGUCAGCCAAUUGGAAGAUAUGAUGAUAUGUGGGCUGGCUGGUGCAUGAAGGUUAUAUGUGAUCAUUUAGGAUAUGGAGUCAAGACUGGUCUACCCUACAUAUGGCACAGCAAAGCCAGCAAUCCAUUUGUCAACCUCAAAAAGGAGUACAAUGGUAUCUUCUGGCAAGAAGAGCUGAUCCCUUUCUUCCAAUCUGCAGUCCUUACAAAAGAAUGCACUACUGUUCAGCAAUGCUACCUUGAACUCUCGAAGCAAGUCAAGGCUAAGCUUGGCAAGAUCGACCCAUACUUCCUCAAGCUGGCAGAUGCCAUGGUUACUUGGGUAGAAGCUUGGGACGAACUUAACGGAUCUGGAGUAAACUCUUCGAAGCUAACCAACGACCCGGAAAAGUAGACGUUGAUCAACAGUAAUUUAAAGUUGUGGUGCUACCUAUCCUAAUAUUUUGUUGUUGCAUUUGAAGUUUGGAUGGAAGAUGGUUAAUUGUCUCACAAACUAAAAGGUUAAGCUACAAAACAUGUAGCUGUGUUCCUUUUGCUUGUAAUGGCAUUCCCAAGUAGAAAUGUGAUUGAAGUUUGUUUAA